AUGCCCAAGGCUUUCCUGGGGCGAGUGCUCCACGACUUCAGCAGCGAGGCUAAACGCAAAACCAGGAUGUCUCUUUCAUCCUGUGUUCCUGGGUCUGACAUGGACACCAUCUGCGAGGGCCUGGGUGGGCGACUCGUUCCCGCUAUUGAACGCCUGCUCUCCUUGCUUGAAGCUGUUCUGAAAGCAUGCUCGGAAUCCGAAGACCUCGUUGCAUUCCCAAUGUAA